AUGCUCGUCAGCGACGACGAACUCGCGUCACUGAAGCUCGUCGCCCACCUCACAACCUGUCUCCUGUCCAAGCUCAAAGCACAAGGCGUGCAAGCGCACAGCUCGGCGCUUCGGUUCCAUGGCAUUGUCCUCUGCGAUGCGGACGAGCUGGCGCCACUACUGCCGACGCUCAACACGGGCGGUCUGCGCUGGGUGCUUUGCGUCCGCGUCGAUGAGGAGACGGACUAUGGCUAUCUCAUGUUUGGCGAACGGCGCUACACGAGCUACGUUUUUGUCAAGACGCUCACGGGCAAGAUCAUUGCGCUGGACAUGUCGCUCCAUGCGUUUGUGGACGACGUCAAGGAGAUGAUUGCCGACAUGGAAGGCAUCCCACCCGAUGUGCAGCGCCUCGUCUUUGAUGGGCAGCAACUGGCGGACGACGGGAACUUGGCAGAGUACAACAUUACGGCCGGGUGCGUGGUGCAGCUCAUACUUCCGCUCCCAGGCGGUGGCGACCCCGCUGUGUUUGCCACAGUGGAGGUCGCGGAUGCACGGCACACGGUCACAUUUUCGCUGUCGGCGCCGCGCUGGCGUGCGGUCGGCCAAGGCCUCAACCUCCACGGCACGUGCUUGAACCGCGCGUGUGUCGCUUACACGAAGGAGGUCAUUGCGCCGAUUGGCCUCCGGCCCUUCAACGUCAUUGCGCAGCGCGCGUACUGUCCCAUGUGCCGUCACAGCAUUGUCGCCCGCACCUGUGGCUUUUACAAGUGCAAGUGGCGUUACGAAGGCGUCAAGUCCGAGUCGGGUGUGUACGUGGCAUCGCCCUGGAAGACGCUGCCGAGCCAGAAGGCCUACAUCCUGUUUGACGAUGGUGAGUGCAACUUGUCGUUUUGGCGCAGCCUCGCCCUUAUUGCCCAGGCGCCAUCAAAAGUUCGCACGUGCGUGCUGUGCAACACUCGCGAUGCGAUAGAGAGAAGAGGCUGCGGCCACAUGCAUCUGCAUUGUGCCAAGUUGUGGAUCGAGAACUCGGCCGCGCGACGUGUCAUUGACGCCAUCUGUCCCCACUGCCACAAGUCCAUCAAUUUGUGUGAUUAG